AUGCUCCCUUCCCAGUCCUAUGUCAACAUCUCCUUCUUCCAACCACCUGCUUUCCUGAUGAUUGGCAUCCCAGGGCUAGAGGCCGUUCAUGGCUGGAUCUCCAUCCCCUUCUCCUCCAUGUACACUGUGGCCCUCGCUGGGAACUGCCUGAUCCUCCUGGCUGUGAGGAGGACUCCCAGCUUGCACCAGCCCAUGUACUAUUUCCUGUCCAUGUUGGCCCUCACCGAUGUGGGUCUCACCUUGUCCACACUGCCCACCACCCUGGCUGUGCUCUGGUUUGACCGUCGUCUCAUUGGCUUCAGUGCCUGCCUGGUCCAGAUGUUCUUCCUCCACUCCUUCUCUGUAGUGGAGUCCUCGGUGCUCCUGGCCAUGUCAUUUGACCGCUUUGUGGCCAUCUCCAACCCUCUGCGCUAUGCAGCUAUCUUCACGAAUAGUGUCAUCAUCAAGAUUGGACUGGCCAUUGCGGCUAGAGCCACUGUGUCCCUCUUCCCUGUACCCUUCUUACUGAAGCGACUGCACUUUUGCCCUGGCAAGAUCCUCUUGUCCCAUUCAUUCUGUUUCCAUGCAGAUGUCAUGAAACGGGCCUGCACUGACAUUACUGUCAACAUUCUUUAUGGCCUCUAUGUAGUGCUGUCCACAGUGGGUGUAGACUCCUUGCUUAUUGUCUUAUCCUAUACUCUUAUUCUUCAUACAGUAAUGGGUCUGGCCUCGCCCAGGGAGCGUGUCCGGGCCCUCAACACUUGUGUUUCUCAUAUCUUAGCCGUUCUGGUUUUCUACAUCCCAGUCAUAGGUGUGUCCAUGAUCCACCGUUUUGGAAGGCACCUGCCUCACAUUGUACAUGUUCUUAUUGCCUAUGUGUACCUGGUGGUGCCCCCUGUGCUCAAUCCCAUCAUUUACAGUGUGAAAUCCAAGCCCAUCAGGGAGGCCAUGCUCAGAGUGUUGAGGGAGAAGAGGCAAAGCUGA